ACUAUUACAGCUCUGCCUACUGGACGACAAACGAAUACUGCAGCAGUACCAACCCGGCCCAUUUCCGCUAUCUCACACAGGGGCACAAAGGAAACACAGACCCUUAACGUGAUGUAACGAGACAUAAACCCCUAGGUAUGCACUAUAUUACUAGUUUUAAUGGCAGUUUCGUGUGCAUGACGUAAGGCCAACGCCAGCACGGUUCGGUUCAGCCGCUCCCCGGGAGGUGUUGAGUUCGGCUCGGCGUCGCCCACGUGCCGGGAGGAGCGUCUGCUGUGUCCGUGUCGGUGGGAGUGAGUGUGGCACUGAAGGGACAGGCACUGGCGCGGACUACAGCCCCAGCAGGCACUAGAGAGAACAGCAGGACACACUGUGGGCGAGGCUUGCAGCACACACGUCUACCAGCACCGUGAACCCUCCCAUUAAUUCAAGAUGUCGUGGUUGUUUGGCAUGAACCAGAGGCCGCAGGACUUCUCACAAUUUGUGCCUCCCACGGGGGCUGCCGGGGGGGACCAGGGGGGAGCAGGAGACUCGGGGGAUGGAAGGAAAGGUGGAGCCAUGGACGCCUACCGCUUUGAUUCCUCAGCUUUGGAACGGGCGGCUAAGGCUGCAAAGGAGCUGGAGAAGUCAGCAUUUGCUAAGGAAGCUUUUGACUUGACAAGGAUGCAGGAGGAAACCAAGCAGAAAGAGUUGAUGGGCCAAGCCAAGGAGAUGGAGCGGCAAAUAGAACUGGCAAAGGCUGAAGGGAAGAGAAUUGAGCAGGAGGAGAGAAGGAAAACUCUGCAGGAGCAAUCCAAGCUGGACCAGCAAAAGUCUCAGUAUCAGGACCAGUUGGCACGCAAGAGGUAUGAAGACCAGUUGGCGCAGCAGCAGAGGAUGAAUGAGGAGAACAACAGGCGGCAGGAAGAGUCUGUGGCUAAACAAGAAGCCAUGAGGAAAGCCACCAUUGAGCAUGAGUUGGAGCAGCGGCACAAGUAUGAGAUGAAGAGGGUAGAGGCAGAGAUGGAGGCAAGGGCACGGACGGAGAGGGACAACCAAGACCUCAUGCUGGAGCAGAUUCGGGUGCGUGCUGCGGAGGACCGAGAGACCACCCUCAAGAGUCUGGCUGAGAAGCGGGAGACCAUCCUCUCCUCCAUCAAGACCGCUGGGGCAGCUGUUGGUGCAGGCGUUGAUGCCUUCCUGAGUGAGCCAGCCAAGAUUCAGGCAGCAGUGGCCGGCCUGGUGGCCCUCACAGCUGGCUACUAUGCUGCUAAGGGUUCCCUGGGCAUUGCUUUCAGAUUUAUUGAGGCAAGGCUGGCCAAGCCAUCACUGGUGCGUGAGACAUCAAGAAUCAGCCCUUUUGAGACUGUUCGGCACCCCAUUCAAACUGUCAAGAAGCUACAGAAGAAACCUGAGGAUGUGCUGGAGGGAGUUGUUCUGAAUCCCAACGUGGAGGGUAGAGUCAGGGACAUUGCCAUUGCUACCAAGAACACCAAGUUCAACAAGGGCAUGUACCGCAACAUUCUUCUCCACGGGCCCCCAGGGACAGGCAAGACUCUCUUUGCUAAGAAACUUGCCAUGCACUCAGGAAUGGAUUAUGCCAUCAUGACGGGAGGAGACAUUGCUCUGCUGGGCAAGGAGUCCGUUGGUGCCAUUCACAAGGUGUUUGACUGGGCAGCAACCUCUCGCAAGGGUCUGGUGCUCUUCAUUGAUGAGGCUGAAGGUUUCUUGCGUAAACGUCACGAAAAUAUCAGUGAGGAGCUUCGGAUGGCCAUCAGCGCAUUCCUCUACCGAACUGGAACACAGACCGACAAGUUCAUGAUGGUGCUAGCCUCCAACACACCAGAGGUUCUUGACUUUGCUGUGGUGGACCGUGUGCACGAGCCAGUUGAGUUCCCUCUGCCUACCAUGGCUGAGCGGGAGAGGCUAGUCAGGCUUUACUUUGAAAAGUACAUCCUACGGCCAGCGUCUGAGGGCAAGCGGAGGUUGAAGGUGGGUGACUUUGACUACAGCGCCGCCUGUUCCACCGUGGCCAAGAUAACUGAGGGGAUGUCUGGCCGAGAGAUCACCAACCUGGCCCUGGACUGGCAGAUGACCACGUAUGCCUCACUGGAGGGUGUGUUCACGGAGGAAAUAAUGCUUAAGAGAGCCAAGGCAGCGGUGGAACACAAGAAGCACAAGGUGUCUUGGCGAAGUGCUCACGAGGACAAGAAAUCUGUGUUCAGUGCAGCGGUGAUUGCUGCUGUGGAGGGCGCCGCCUCACCCUUGCCGGAGAAGCCUGAAGCAGCCAGUUGAGAGGGAGACUGACUAGGGACCAUUGUUGUUAAGCCUUGUCAAAAUUGCACAAGUGUGUGCAGGCUGCUGGGAGUGGAGAGUGUGGGUGUUUUCCUCCCUCAAUAGAACAAGUUAACCUUAAAAUGAUUGAGCAGCUCAAAUACAGGCUAAAAGUAGGAUUCAUUGUUUCAAUAUUUGCUUGUCAGACUUACAUGUCUUGGGAAGCAAUAGAGUAGGAAUGCAUAUAAAUUCUCAUUCUGAAAUUGAAAGUUGGUAGUGUGGAAUCAAAGAUACUUUUCUGAAAUCUCAUUUUAAAAUAUUUUGUACAGGAGUGUACAAAUGUUGAAGCCUUGCUGGUGAACUGUGACCCUUGAGAUAUGCAAGUAUAUGCAACUAGUAUGCUUUAUUGACAUGCAUAAAACAGGUCAUGGUUUCCUGUAACUUCAUAUAUCAUUUUAUAUUAAUUUCAAGGUGUGAAAGUGAAGGUGAACAAUCAGUUUCAUCACAGCCAUCACUUCCUGGGAAGUGUGAAGCCAUUCCAUAUUGUCCUUCAUUGCCAAUAUUGAGCCAAAAGUUAUUUUAGUGAAAUUAAAAUGUAUAAUUUUUGUUUUGUGUGGAGGAAAGAUACCCAUGGACUAAAUAGCAACAAGACAAAUGUACAAAUUUGUUUGAUAAUUUUGCUUGUUUACUACAGAAAUAAGUAUUUUUGUAGUGUUCAAGUAAAUCCAUGUACAGGUAAAGAGAUCAGAGUUGUACAGUGUCUGUAUAGAAUGUUACAUAAAUUGUUUUUAUGGUU